UUUGUUGUUGCUGCUAAUAAUUAUUUAAAUAUUGAUCAACUAUUAUUAUCAUGGACUCUUUCUUCAAAAAGGAAGUCGAACAAAGGUUUUCAACACUUCCUACUGAUCAAAACUAUCAUAUUUACAACUUGAAUAAAAAGCAAGAAAAGUGCGCCUCCUUGAUACCCACCAAACCUCCUUCUUUUAUACAUGUUAUUCAUCGAUUAAUCUUAGUGACAGCAACAAUGCAAUCAACUAAACAAAUUUUAGUGAGCGGCAUGGAAGUAUACGAAUAUAUAUCAAACGAUGAACACACAACUAUUUAUAUCGGCAAGAUAGAUACAACAGGCUCGACGUUAGCAAGAGGUGUAACGCGACGAUUGGUACAAGCGUAUAUAGCGACAUUGAAGUAUCUCAACUGUCCAUGUAACAUUCAUGUCUUUGCUCGUGCACAACCUCAAUAUCUAUUUCCACUUUCUGCAAACGAUACAUUCAAACGUGUUUUAACGGAUCGACAACUGGUAGCUUGGUGGCGAACAACUUUAGGUGAUAGGGAUCUUUAUGGCCAAAGACAAAUGAAAUCAUUUUGGAUUGUGCCUGGGACUGAUGAACAAGACGCUCUAUAUGAUAUUGGACAUAAGCAACGAAGUACAACCAUUCAUUGGCAAUAUGGUUAUCCUUAUGAAUCAUCUGCUUUGGCAAAAGAUGUGAUACCUCGAUUUGAAGAUGAUGGAAAGGCCCGAUACCUUGGUACGUUGAUGAACUCUGGUAGCGAUGAUGACCCUUUAUCGGUGGAUGACUUUUGGACUUUGUUUGGAUAUAGUGAAGAAUGUGGUGCUGGAAAAUUGACUGGCGUAUUUGUAGUGAAGAUUCUUGACGACAAUGACGAAAUCAACAACAACAACAACAACAACAACAACAACAACAACAACAACAACAACAACAACAACAACAAUAAUAAUAAUAAUAAUUUGGCUUUGGAAGAUGAUGAUUAUACAACAUUAUGGAAUGAUCUAAUGGGAUUAGAUUUUCAUGACGAUGAAUCAAAUUUAAAAUCAACACAGCAUUUUCUUUCCACUUGGAAAUCUGUACUGUUACCUCGCCAAUUUGACAUCACAACAACUAACAAUCAUACAAACUCAUCAGUAUUACCGGAUGUUGAGAAGCAAGAAAGUCCUGUUCAAACAUUAUCUGUGAAACGAAAGAAUGAUAUACAAAAGAUUGACUCAAAUACCAAUACUACAUCGGUGAAUCAAACACAAUCUAUGGAAGCAACAUCUGUGAACGUAUUAGUUCCAAAAAGACGGAAAAAAAUGGAAUAGAUAGAUGGAUUUUAGAAUAGUUUAGAUUUGAUUACAAAGAACAAUAAAAAAAAAUAUUUUAUCAAAAUGAAAAAUGAAAA